AUGGACUCCCCAACUUUCCACUCAUUUCCAAGACUGCCAGCCGAACUUCGGCCGUACAUUUGGCAGCAAGGAUGCCUGCCGUCUCAACAAUACCAUCGCGGCCUGCAUUACUUUAAUCUUAACGACCAAAAGAAACUGAUUCCAGAGUCAAGAGCAGUUGUCAUGAAACACUCUCGACUUAUGGAGUGGAAGGAAUUUCAAGAAAAAGCGAGUCGCGAAGGC